GCGGAAUUGAAUAAAUAACUCGUAUUCGAUCAAAGCCAAACCAUAGACGUGCAUCGACUCUUAUAACCAAUGCGCCCAACCCUCUCCCUUCUCGCAGCCUUCCGCCCCUCUCGCCCUCUCUUCAAUGUCACUCCUUCGACUCCUGUUCCCCCGAGACCCAUCAAGAAAUAUCCACAACCUUUCAAACUAAACAGAUCGACGCCACACGCCCGACACAUCGUCCGCGCAGUCCUCACCUCCCCGACAGCACACGCUACUCCAUUCGGCGCGUUAUCGAACCUGGAGCUGUAUGAUGAGAUUCAGAGACAGUUUUCGGAGGAGAGGUUGAAGGGGGAAGACCUGGUAUCUGCUAUGAAGGAGGAGGAGAAGGAGGAGCAAGCUUGGAGGGAGCAUAGUCUGUGGGGCAACGAACUGAAGAAAGGGAAGGAGAAGGAGAAGAGCAAGGGGGACGGUAAGGGAGAUGGAUCGCAGGCAGGAAAGGGGAAGCCGGCGCCGGACUUACGUCCUGUUAGCUCGAUGAGUCACCUCAAACGAAUCAUCGUUCCCGACAUGGAAGCCCACCGCGAGAUUGAACAACUUCAUAUUCAACGCCGCAUCAACGUCCCCUCGCACCUCAGAUCCAUGUUCGACGCGUCGAGUAACAGCUUCAUGACCUCCGUCUCAGCUUCCCCUCCCCCCUCCUCCUCCUCGACAGACUCCGAUUCAUCCCUUUCAUCGUCAUCUUCUGCGCUUCCCUCUACCGAUCCAUCUUCCGCUCGCCCAUCGUCGGCCGACUCGUGUUCAGACAACGCUUCGUCCCACUCGCUCUAUCCACAUAUCCCAAUUGGUUCGAUCCCUACUGGAACAAUGUCGCGCAUCCUCCUUCCCCAAGAAAUGGCGAUGCAACUGAGGUUGAAAACGGUGCCAGUCGAGCAUCAUGGUUUGACCAAGAGACAGAGAAAGCAGAAUAGACUGGGCCCCGAGUAUCACUUGCAAUUGACCGAUCCGCGGACGAAGAAGGUUGUCGAUGAGUACGAUGAACAGACCAACAAGUUGAAGCCCAAGUCCACUUCGCGGGAGGCAAAGUCGAGCAUAUUGCAGAAGAAAGUGACGAAGGUGAUGACCCCGAGAGAGACGUGGUGGGUCGAUGCGGACCUUGAGCCGGACGGGUUGCCGAAUGAGGAGUGGAUGUGGCGGGCUACGCCGGAGAGUAUGCAUUCGCGAUCUGAUUCAACGCUCAUCGUCCGAGUCACGCCGAAAGAGCGCGCUCGGAUGAAAAAGACGAUGAAGCGCCAGGCUGCAUGGGAUGCUAAGGCUGCCUUGGCGUCUACGUCUUCCACCUCAGCGUCAUCGUUCAACCACCCAUACAAACACCGAGACAAAUACGCCCCAAAACAUGAUCGCAAUCUCCAAAAUCCUAUUGCUCACGGCUUCGACGGAACCGAAAACCGAGACGGACAAAGUGAGGAGGAGGCUCUGAUUGAGGGGAUGCAGGCUUGGGCCAAUGUUGGGGCUUCUCGAGCUGGGGGAGGAUAUACCGGGAAAGUUGACGUUCAGGCGGGGGAACUGCGUGGGGUCGGGUUGAAGUCAUCCAAAAUCAGGGGAGAUCCUUGAUUUUUGCCUGGAUUGGGCGUAAAGGGAUCGUAUUGAGGGGAGGGGGGUCCGAGACACGGUCGCUUUGGACGGGGGUACAUAGUGCAGUAUCAUACCCAUGUUGACGCUUCGUCAGAUAUAGGGGCCUCCUUUGAGCGCUGAACUCUGAUGUUCUUCGAUGCAUACGAGGGAUUAGUAGAGUAUGCGGGAUACGUAGGUGAUCGACGUUUGACGAAGAAGGAAGCGCAUCUGGCCGGGGUAGAAGGGGUGAAGGAAGGAAGUAUCGCAAUACGGCUAAUCGAGAGCGAGAAUGGUACGAGGGACCCUAUAUAGGGAAACGGAGAUUGCUCGCGCACCAGUAGGCACUCAAGAGUCAAGGUCGAGGCAUCCGAGGAGGGCGAAAAUUCGUGUGGAGGAGGACGAAGUAUGCUCUGAGAAGGGUAACAAGCUCUGGAGACUGCGACACUGAAUAUAAUAUAAUAUAUGCAGGAAUAAU